AUGGAUCAUGAUCAGUUCAAGGCCGCAGCACACUCUGCCAUUGAUGAUAUCAUCAAAUACUUCGACAGCGUACCUGAGCUCCGAGUCCUGCCCGCCGUCGAGCCGGGAUAUCUUCGCCCUCUGAUCCCAGAGAACCCUCCGGACGAGCCAGAGGACUGGGCACAAAUCCAGAAAGAUGUUGAUACAAAGAUCAAACCCGGAUUGACCCAUUGGCAGUCUCCCAAUUUCAUGGCAUACUUCCCCGCCUGCGUGACAUACCCCAGCAUUCUGGGUGAGAUGUACUCCGCCACAUUCACCGCCCCUGCGUUCAACUGGUUGUGCUCGCCAGCAUGUACGGAGAUGGAGACAAUUGUCAUGGAUUGGGUCGCGAAAGCUCUGGCACUACCCCAGUGUUUUAGAAGUACAUCGGAGACCCACGGCGGCGGUGUGAUCCAAAACAGUGCGAGUGAUGCUAUUGCGACUAUUAUUGUUGCCGCACGGGAGAGACGUGUGCGAGAGCUUGUUCUUGCAGAGGGCCUGAAGGAGGGUACACCAGAGUACGAGGACCGUAAAUUCGAUGUCCAAGCUAAGCUGGUCGCCAUUGCCAGUGAUCAAACCCACAGCAGCGCUGCUAAGGGUGCUUUGAUUGCGGGCACUCGCUUCCGCAGCGUGUCCACGCGGCUGGAGGAUAACAUGGAAAUGACUGGACCUCGUCUCCGUGAGCUUCUUGAGAAGUGUGAUAAGGACGGACUUGUCCCGUACCACCUCACUAUGACCCUUGGCACAACAAAUACCUGCAGUGUGGACCACUUUGCAGAGAUCAAGGCAGUUCUACAAGAAAAGCCGGCGUGGCAGCGUAUCUGGGUGCAUAUUGAUGCCGCCUAUGCCGGUGCGGCGCUCGUUGCGGAUGAGUGGAAGUACAUUGCGAAGGACUUUGCGGAGGGUGUUGACAGCUUCAACACGAACAUGCACAAGUGGCUGCUAGUCAACUUUGAUGCUAGCGUCCUCUUUGUCCGGAAUCGCUUGGAUCUGACGAACGCCUUGGAUGUCACACCAGCAUAUCUGCGCAACCCGUACUCGGAUAUGGGAACCGUAAUUGACUACCGGAACUGGUCUAUUUCUCUCGGUCGCAGAUUCCGCGCAUUGAAGAUUUGGUUCGUGAUUCGGAGCUAUGGUCUCAACGGCAUGAAAUCGCACAUCCGCAAGACCAUCGGGUUUGGUGACCUUUUUGCUGGCUGGGUGCGCGGUCGGUCUGAUAUAUUUGAGAUUGUCACGAAGCCAGCCUUUGGCUUGACUGUCUUCCGUGUCAAGAAUCCUAGCGGGGCUAGUGAAUCGCCUGGUCGCGUGGCCAAAGAUGAAGUUGCUGACAAUCUGACCAAGAAAGUCUCCGAGUUGGUCAACGCGGAAGGUAAAAUCUUCAUCACCUCUACAGUCGUUGAUGGCGUCUGUGUUAUACGGGUGAUUAGUGGAAACGCUCUGGCUGAACAGAGGUAUGUCCGUAAUGCCUAUGAUAUUAUCGUCCGUACAACGGAGGAGGUGCUGAAGGAGAGUUGGAAGUGA